UCUUGGCUGUGCCGCCCGCGAGAGCGCCGCAAGCGAGCCGCCGCGCGUCGUCGGCUUCCCUGUCGGGGCGCUGGCUAAGCCUAACGAAGCUUUCACCCGGCGCCGCGAUGCGAAAAGCUACGCGACGGAGCUGAGUGAAACACACCGCGCGGAGGCAUGCCUCGGGGCAAACCCAGGGGUCGCCGUGAGACCGGCGACGUUGUGAAAUGGCAAAUCAUCGAGCUCUGGGAGGCGGGUGUCAAGAACAAGAGCGAGAUCGCGCGCCGACUCCACCUGUCGUGGACGGCCGUCAACCUUUGGGUGCAACGCUGGGAGAGCGAGGGCCACCUGAACGUACGGCCCCGCUCGGGCCGGCCGCGCACCACUUCGGGUGACGAUGAAACCACCGUGAACACGUACACGGCCUUCUACGGCCCCGGGGGAGCGCCGCCCAAGCCUGCCGUUCAGGUCAAGCUAGAGCGGCCGGACGAGCGGCUCUCGACGCACCAGCACCACCACCCCCCGUCGUUUGCGGCUGCUGCCAGCGUCGCUGCCGCGACUAGUGGCUGCGAAGGCACCGACCCGUCGGCGGCGAACGGCCCCUUGCCGCUGCUUCCGUUGCGUCAACUUUCCGACCCCACUUGCUUCGCGAACCAUCAGAGCGCCUUUAAAAGGAGCUUUGAGAACGGCGGCGACCCCCACCACCCGGCCGAGCGGCAUGAGGAAGUGGUCGGUCUCGACCCGCCGCCGCCGCAAAGACUCAGCCUCGCUACUCAGACGGACGGCAGCAGCACGACGCCGCCCUCUGAAAUGGCUGGAUAGCCGACGCUCGCCCGCGAUGGACUAAAGCUCCUUUAUUUAUUGUAGUUCUCACUGCGAGACUACCCCGCACCUCAUCCAGGGGUGGGACAGAUCCGAUGGUGACGCGCGCGUCUCUACGCUUGUGUUUACGGAGGCGCCCCGCCGGCUCGCUCGCAGUGUUUAUACACUCGCUUAUUGUGCGAGUUUCUAGCGGAAGCGCCUGAAUUUUCUUAAAUGAACUGAGCGUACCUGGACAUGUGUGCGUCACUGUAGACCAUGCCCUAGACAUUCCAAAGCGCGAAAAAAAAAAAAAGAAAAGAAAACAGCGCUUGUUUCUGGUCGUGUCAAAUAUUUCGUGUACGAAUCUGAAGUGUAAAUAAUGCAAGGGUGGAGUGAAACACUUUCUACAACUUCGUGGUUUUAUUGCACUUAUCAUCGUUAGCGGCAGCUAAUCGUUUAGAGGACGUUCUUGUGGCUAGUUAACGCUCUUUUUUAGAUUGUGUGUGCUGCACGCUUUUGCGACUUUUAUCUGCAGUACUUUUAGCCUGCCGCUGCUGAUCGUAGAAUAAUGACAAUGUUUUCGCCCUUCCUCUGGUCUCGUACAUAGUCAGUAGAUGCCCGGUGAUUUUAAUAUAUUUAUGAAGCAGUGUGGAAUAAAUGUGAUCUCUCUGCACCGCUAUGUAUACAAGCGAUGCAGUCAAUGCUAACCAUGCCUUGAACGCAUUGUAAUAAAACAACAUGGAGCAGCAAA